AUGGAGCAGGAGUCUCCUGCGGUGGUGCGGAGCGUCUCCUCCUCCGAGGGUCGACAACGGCGCACUCCCUCAAGCCGACAGACCUCGCAUGGAGACAGCAGUGAUUUGGACGAUUUCCAGAACUAUCAGAGGUUCCGACUGAAGGUGGUGUCGAUGUUCGGAUCCAUGGCGUCUGGGCUGUUCGAAUUUGGUGCGGACCCCGAGACUGGAAGGAUCUCACAGAAGGACUUUGUGCGUGUCUGUGUGAAGCUCGAGAUGAUGAACGAGCGGGAGGCGCAGAGCCUCUACCAACACUUCACCAAUGCUGAUCCCUGGGACGAGGAGGAAGUGGUGGCCACGUUCAAGGACUUCAGUAUCGACGAGGACGAGUGGAGAUAUGUGGUGGCAAGCAAGCAAGAGGCACAGAUGAGCAACUCCACCGCGAUCCCCUUCUCUUCCGCACCCUCAGGCAUCAGCACUGGCUUGUACCAUCGCCCUGUGAACGUGAACCAGGUCAGUGAGCAGCAGCGGGAUGUCCCACAGGAAGGAACGCCUCGAAGUCAAGGCACACCACGGAGCCUGGCGUUCCGACGCACGCGCACGACGCGCACGGCGGGGAGUUCCUCCAAGAGGAGCAGCCCUCCGUGGCGACAGCCGCAGAAGCCAUGGGCGCCUUCCAUCAUGGCAGGCAUGGGCCUCACUUCUCUCGAGGCGAAAACCGUCCUCGUGUUCCGGCCCCGUGGUGGCUCCAUCUCGACCAAAGGAAGGUCCUCCCUGGAUGGUCCCUGGGUAAGGCAGGGCCAGGAGCAUACGCGCAAAUCCGAAAUGAGGACCGAGGCAUGGAAAUGUCCCACCAGUCGAGAAGAGAUGCAACCGGCGGUGUGCGCCAAGCAGGUGCUGGAUUGGUGGCCUUACAGCAGUCCGGCGCCCUUGCCCAAGGUGAAGUUGAAGCGGCGCUAG